AUGAAAUCUCUUCUUGUAGCUCUCGCGGCGGCCAGCCCGGUGCUCGCGGGAUUCGAUACCUGGUCGCCCCCAGGACCCUACGACGUGCGAGCACCAUGCCCCAUGCUCAAUACGCUCGCAAACCACGGCUUUCUGCCGCACCAUGGCAGGGAUCUCACCAGAGUCAUUGUCGAAAACGCUCUGUUCGACGCUCUCAACAUGAACCAGACGCUCGCCAACUUCCUCCGAUCUGAUGCCUACUUCGGCAACGUCCUCGUCUUUAACCAGAGCGUCUAUGACGAGACCAAGUCGUAUUUCACCAGCGAGACGGUGACCCUUGAGCAUGCGGCAAGGGCGAGGCUGGGCCGCAUCAAGACCUGCCAGGCCGCCAACCCGACGUACUUUAUGUCCGAACUUGGCAACGCCUUCACCUUUGGCGAGUCGGCUGCGUACGUUGUCGUUUUCGGCAACAAGACCUCGAAGACGGUCCCAAGGUCUUGGGUCAACUGGCUUUUCGAACAUGAACAGCUCCCUCAACACCUUGGCUGGCGCAGGCCGACAGAGACCUUUCAUCUGGAAGACUUGGACUAUUUCAUGGGCGAGAUAAUGAACAUCACCCGAGCCAUUGUUGAAAACCCGGGUACGGGAUGUCCAUCGGGGAAGAAGCGCCGCACCACCCGUGCCCACUUCGGUGCCUGA